GUACAUUUACACUGGCGCCGUGGAUAUCAAGGGAUAUGACAUAAAGGACAUAAUCUGUUUAAUGGUAGAGGCCAAAAAGCUAAUUCUACCGGAUCUUAUAGAUUACAUUCGAAAAUACUUAACCGACCACCAGGAGUUCGUAGCUAACCACUACUUUUCUAUUCACGAGUUCAACAUACGAAACUCUGAAGAAUUUAAUGAAUUAGAAGAAUUGUGUGACGCAUUUAUUUUACGAUAUUCAGUUGCAAUACUUAAUUCGCCCGAAUUCCUUAACAUUAGUCACGAAGAGCUUUUACGACUCUAUAAAAAAAUUUUUAGCAACUGUACACCAUUGAAUGAUUUUAAUCCCAUCUCGGGAAUAUCUUUUUCGUCGGAUAUUGUCAUGUGGAGUAGGUUAUUGGAAUGGGUAUUUGUACAUUUAAACAUUUCAUCUUCGGAAACCUCGGAUGAAGAUUAUAAUGAAAUCAUGCAGUUGGUCAAACCCGUUUUGCCAUAUAUUAAUUUUAGAAGGAUUGAUUCACGCGACUUUCUGGAAAAAAUAAGUCCUUUCAAGAAGAUUUUGGAAAAUGAAUUUUAUAUAAAAAUUUUGGAAUUUCAUAUAUUCAGUGAAUUUAUUCGACAAGAGUCCGAGUUACAACCAGAACACGAAACCAAAAAUGAACCCAAUGAGAAAUAUUUUGGAGGAAAUUUUGGUCAGCCAACAGUUUUGGCAAAAGCAGCCAGUCAGGACAAGGACUUAUAG